AUGUACAAUAGCGUGGAUGAUCAAUCUGCGCAUGCGCACAAGAAGUUAAAAGCCAUUACAUCGUUUACAUUAUUUGUAAUUCUACUGUCUUCUUUCAUAAUUACUUUUGACACUAUUUUCUUCAUUCUCCCUUUUUUCCUUUCUUUUAUCUUUCUCCUUGCCAUUAUUUACCUUCUUUCUUUCUUUCUUUCUUAUGAUAAAUUUUUCACCUUUUUCUUUCUUUUCAUAUUUAUUUACAUUCAUUUUUUCAUUUUUUUUAUUUUUUUCACCAUUAUUCAUCGCGUUUCUUCCUCUUUUCAUUAUUAUUCUCCCUGUCUUUUUUCUUUCUUUGUUCGUUUCUUUUUCCUAUCGUUUCUUUCUUUUUGUCUUCCUUUCUGCUCGAAAUUGUUCGCCAUUUUUCUUUAUUCGUUUUUUCUUUCUUUUCACAUUUAUAUGCUUUUCUUUUUCAUUUAUUAUUAUUUUUUCACCAUUCAGCGCCUUUCUUUCUUCACUUAUUCAUUAUUCUCCAUGAUUGUUGCUUUUCUUUCGUUCCUUGUUUCUUUAUUCCUUACUUUAUUUCAAUCUUUCCUUCGAUAUUUUUCUUUAUUUGUUUUUGUCGUUAUAUUUACCGGUCAUCGCCUGUCUUUCUUCAGUUCUUUAUAUUUCUCCCUGUCUAGAUUCUUUCUUUAUUCCUUCCUUCCUCCCUUUCUUUCUUUCUCGCGUUUUGUUAUCUUUGUUAAUGUUACUUUUUUCUCCUGUCACUUUUCCAGUUUAUUUUAUUUAUUCACUAAUUAA